AUGUAUCCGACUUUGAUUUUUCUUCUAUUUCCAUAUUGGAUUUAUGCGGUGGUGACAAAUAUCACGGUGAUAGGGACAGUCGGUUGUUCGGGGAAGAAAAUGGCUGGUGUCAAGGUUGAGCUGUACGAUCGAGACGUUUUAAGCUACAACGAUAAAUUGGCGACAGUGACCACGAAUCGAGACGGGAGCUUUGUGUUGGCGGGAAGUGAGAACGAGAAGGGACUCGAGCCAUUCGUUCUCUUCUAUCACACGUGUCGGGCUGCGGCGAACUGCUGGCGAGUGACUCACUAUGACAUCCCGAAGGGUUACGACAAUCGAGUGUUUGACAUGUCGCUCGUCACCCUCGACAUGAAGACUUCCCAAGCUGCGUGGACAAAUGUGACCGUAACUGGGAUGUUCGUUUGUGGGAUAAGAGUGCAAAGAAAAGGAAUCAGGGUCGAGCUUUGGGAACACGACAUUUUUGAUCCUAAUGACAAAUUGGAUGAAACAAUCUCGGCACAGGACGGAACUUGGACGGUAUCUGGUGGCGAGGACGAGUUCGGAAGCCUUGACGCCUUUAUUCUCAUCUAUCAUCGAUGUGGAUUGGAAACAUCGCCCCAUUGUCAUCGUAUCAGUCAAUACUGGGUGCCAAAGCGUUUCUAUAACUCUGUCUAUAAGAUGGGGAUUGUUGGCCUCGAUCUAUACACCGAGAAUGACACAUCUUGGUCUGAGUGGACAAAUGUGACCGUAACUGGGAUUUUCGUCUGUGGGAUAAGAGUGCUAAAAGGAGGAGUCAAAGUGGAGCUUUGGGAACACGACUUCUUUGACCCUAAUGACAAAUUGGAUGAAACGAGCCCGGCACAUGACGGAACUUGGACGGUAUUUGGUGGCGAGGACGAGUUCGGAAGCAUUGACGCCUUUAUUCUCAUCUAUCAUCGAUGUGGAUUGGAAACAUCGGGGCAUUGUCAUCGUAUCAGUCAAUACUGGGUGCCAAAGCGUUUCUACAACUCUGUCUAUAAUAUGUCGCUUGUUGGCCUCGAUCUACGCACCAAGAAUGACACAACUUGGUGUAGGAAUCUUGAUGGAGAAUUAACGCAAUGG